AUGUCCGCUGGAAAAUACUUUUUAGGAGCCGCUGCAAUUGCUGGUGGAGUCUAUUACUACGACCAAAACGUUGAGCGUAUCUUGCCUAGAAAAGAACACCAACAAUUGGCUCAACAAACAGCUAAAAUCGACGAGAAAGCCCACGAGUGGAACAACAAGUUGACACAAAAGAUCGAGGAUGGCAAAAAGGAACUUGAGAAGAAGACCGACUCGGUAACUUCUUCGGUGAAGGAAUCAGACGCUUACCAAACCUUCCGCGGCAACAAAGAGGAUUAUAGAAAGUCAGUCAAGGAUGCCGCCACACCCGAGGAUGAGAAGUCUGUGUUCAAGAGAGGUAUGCAAAAGUACAUUGACUUUGUAAAUUGUCUUGGAACCAACUCAGUCAAGACGGGCGAGACGCAAGUCUCCUCAGUCGGACCUUUACCAGAAGUUAAGGAAAAGCCCAUUUUCGGCAAUUGGUUUGGUAAAAGCGACGUUGACGAGGCCAAGGACAAAGCAGAGAGUGAGAAGAACAAAUUGUUCAACUGGGGCUCAGACAAGGCAGAUGAAGCUAAAGCGGAUGCUGAGAGGAAAAAGAAUGAGUGGAGCGCAUGGGGAUCCAAGAAGUCAGAAGAGGCCAAAUCAGAGGCAGAGCACGAAAAGAGCAAAUUACUUAACUGGGGCUCAGACAAGGCCAAGGAUGCCGAACAGAAGAAGGAUGAAUGGGUUUCGUGGGGAUCUAAGAAGGCAGACCAGACUAAAGCUGAUGCUGAACAUGAAAAGAAUAAGUUGUUCAACUGGGGCUCAGAUAAGGUAGAUGAUGCCAAGGCCGAAGCAGAAAAGAAGAAGAACGAAUGGAGCUCAUGGGGAAACAAGAAGGCCGACGAAGUCAAGGUCGACGCAGAAAAAGAAAAGAACUCAUGGUUCAGCUGGGGAAACAAGAAAGCCGACGAGGCUCAGGAUAAAAAAGACGAGUUGGCUUCAUGGGGCAGCAAGAAAGCCGAUGAAGCUAAGGCCAAUGCCGAAAAGGAAAAGAACUCUUGGCUCAACUGGGGCAACAAGAAGGCCGACGAGGCCCAAGAUAAGAAGGAUGACUUGGCAUCCUGGUCAAACAAGAAGUUGGACGAAGCAACCAAGGAAAUCAACAAGCAAUAUGAUGCGUCAGUGAACGAGCUCAACAAGCAGUACGACAACUUGGGCAAGGUGUUUAGCAGCACCAAAGACCAAGCCAAUGAGUCAUUCAGGGUACAGAGGGAGAAGGCUGUUGAACAGUACAAUGUAGCCUACAAGAAGUUUCAAGAGUUGAGCAACGACUUGGCAAACGACCCAGAAAAGAAUAAGAAAUUGGCAAAGGCCGGGGAAGACUUUAACAAGUCAUUGGAGCACUUGAAGUCUGUAAGUGGUAGCGAGAGAUUUCCAAUGCCAUCUUUGGUCUGUAUGAUCAAGAGAGUGCCCAAACUAUACGGUAACCAGCUCGCCAAGUUCAGACUGGGACCAGAUGUGCCCACGCUGGAGCUUCUAUCACGAGUAGGGAUAGUAUCGUAUCCGCGUUCCGGACUAGUCAACUGGUCAAAGACGGGGCUUCUCAUUCAAAACAAAGUCAGCGACAUAAUUAGGAAACACAUGGAUGAUGCACAGUUUGAAGAAUUGAGCUUAUCCCUACUAUCGUACAAGAGUGGAUGGAUAAAGACAGGGAGAUGGGAGCAGCCAGAGAUUUUCAGACUACAGAACAGGAAACGUGCACCAGACUUUCUAAUCGUUCCCACUUGCGAAGAAGAUAUUACGCAGUAUGUCAAACAAGCAUUGGAGAGUUAUAAGCAGUUGCCGUUCAAGUUCUAUCAAGUCAAGGAAAAGUUCCGCGAUGAAAAGAGACCGCGUGGAGGUCUUCUCCGGGGCAAGGAGUUUUUGAUGAAGGAUGGAUAUUCUUUCGAUGUCGACGAGGCGAAGGCAUUGGAGACAUACGAGUCAGUGGUGGGAGCAUAUCACAAGAUAUUUGGUGAGUUGGGUGUGCCAUAUGUUAAAGCGCAGGCCGAUAGCGGUGAGAUUGGGGGAGACAUGAGUCACGAAUGGCACUACUUGAACCCGAGUGGAGAAGAUGCUGUUUUCAGUUGUGAUUCGUGCGGCCAUAGUUCCAACCAGGAAAAGACAGUUGCGUACCCAAGCGAGGAGGGAGAAGAAGGAACUGCAGGUGGCGAUGUGUCUGUACGGUAUUUCAUCACGAGCGACAAGUCUACAUUAGUAUGUGCGUACUAUCCGAGUGGAAGAACUCUUGAGCCCAAAUUUGUGCGGGUUGAGAUCCCCGACAUGGAGUUGAACCUCACCGAGGAGGAGGUUUUUGCUGAGUUUGCACAGGUUGAUGAGUUGUCCAAGAGGGUUGUUCGAGUGAUGGACUCACGGUUGAAUUCGAGGUCGAACUUUCCUGAUUUCCCGAUCAACUUCCACAACCGGUCCAUGAUCACGACGUUGACGGAUGUUCCUAUAGUUCUUGCCGAAGCUGGCGAGGUAUGCGGCGAGUGCGAGAGAGGUAUAUUGAGGGAGCACAAGGCGAUUGAGGUAGGCCAUACGUUUUACUUAGGUGACAAAUACUCGAAGCCGUUGGGGUUGACGGUGGAUGUCCCUGAAAAUGGACAGGUGGUGAACAAGCCAGUGAUGAUGGGCUGUUAUGGUAUUGGCGUUAGUCGCAUUGUAGCAGCAAUCGCCGAGAUCAGCAGAGACCAAGAUGGGUUGCGUUGGCCGCGAAGUAUUGCACCGUGGGAGGUUACGGUGGUUGAGGCGACGAAGAACGCUGACUUUGAUGGAGCGUAUUCCAAGAUGAGCUUUGACUACAAGCUCGACGAUAGAGACGAGCCACUCGGUCUCAAGAUUAAACAAUCCAACAUGGUGGGUAUUCCAAUAGUUGUGAUUUUAGGAAAGAGGUUUCCCAUG